AUGACUACAUGGUCUUUUUAUAAUCAUAUAUUUACUAAAUAUUCUAUUAUCGAAAUACUUGUACUACCAUCUGUGGAAAUACACAAAGUACUUAUAGACAUUAGUAAACAGUUUACGCUUACUUAUUUUAUAGAUACAAUUGGUAAUAUAUUUUUGUAUAAUGAUUAUAAUAAAUUAGAUUUAAACGUGGUACAAAUUACUAGUAUACGUAAGUUAUUAAGAAUUAUUACAAAUCAUAAAAAUAAUACUAAAGAUGCUCUUAUAGUCAUUGAUUCUGUAUCUUUUCUCUCUGACAUAAAUGUAUCUAUUUACACCUUAUUUUAUUCAAUGGUAAAUACUUUAUGCCUUAAAAAUAAUUGUACAGUUAUUUGUACCAAUCAUUACAGACAAACUAGUAAGUAUUAUUUUACACCUAGACUUGGUUUAAUUUGGAGUAAAAUGGUGAAACAUAGGAUAUAUUACAAAUAUAGUAAGGAUGAGAUAAUUUAUGAAAUAGAAUAG